UCCAGGCAAGGACAGGGUGGCGUUAACACACAGUAGGGGCAAGAUGCACUGUGGGGCAGGGACAGAAGCUCUGCAAGAGUGUCGGUGGGGCUCUUUCGACUCACCGGCCUGCCUGCCUACCUUCCUUUCCGGGGAAGCCCAGGCUGAACCCCACGACCGUCGCCCCUUCUUUUUUAACCCCCCUCUUUCUCCCUUCCACCAGCCCCAGCCUGCCCACACGCACACACCCUGCCCGGGGACGGGAGGAGCGGAGCUCCCUCCUCCGGCUCCUGAGCCGACAAGUACCAGCCCCCCGGCUCGAAGUUGACGCUCCCGACCCGCGGCUCCUCCAUGGCGCGCUGUGGUGAAAGAAGGGAGUCACGCGCAGGGGCCCCCUCCCAGUCAGAACCCGCCGCCGCUGAAAGAGGGGAGGAUCACUCGAGGGCGGUGCUUCGGCCGUGACAGAGCCGGCCCGAGGGCGGGUAAGGCCCGGCGAGACCGCCUUUUCGCCUGGCGACUACUGAUGAUGAUGAAGCGGGGAGGCCGGGCCUUUAUGGCUGAGAGACACGGUGCCGGCAUGAGGAUUUUCAGGCUAUUAAACGGCUUCUUUGCUAGACUCCUGAAUGUGAAAUAUUUUGGAACAGCUACAUCAAAUACAUCAUUUCCAGCAGUCUGGAUACUUUGUGGUCAGUCUCUUAAUAGGCUGCCUGUACAUCUUGUGGUUGCUCAGAGAAAUAGUUUCUGUGCCAUGCUGGAGGUACUUGACAUGAAAUUUGACCUUGACCUGCACUUACCUCAUCCCAGGGUCCGUGGAAUGACCACCCUUGACAGAGCCGCCUUCAAGAGGGAUGUUGUCAUCCCAGCUCUUAAGGUUAACAGCGACAUCAUAAACAAAGUUGUGAAGUCUAUCAAAGGAGUGCUGCUGAAGCGACCAGGUAUCACAAGGGUCAGGGAAGACCCAGAAGAUGAAAGCAGAAGGUUCCUUUUAUUAGAUCCUCACAGAAUAUCUCCCAACUGUUCCCUGAGCGAAUCUGAGCAACAAAUCUUAAAGAGCUUUAACAUUAGCCCUGAGAUAGUCAAGUACAACCUGGAACUGACUUAUGACCAUUUCAAGGUGGAAGAAAUUCUGCAAGCAGUGCUUCCUAAAGGUCAGGAAGUGCCCACUGCUUUUAGCAGAGUUGGCCACAUAGCUCACUUGAAUUUGAGAGACCAUCAGCUGCCCUACAAACAUAUAAUAGGCCAAGUUAUCAUUGACAAGAACUCAGGAAUCACCUGCGCCGUAAAUAAAACCAAUACCAUAGAGAAUGCUUAUCGAAACUUUCAAAUGGAGGUAUUAGCUGGAGAUGAGGCCAAUAUGAUCACAAAGGUUAAGGAAAACCACCUCGUGUACGAAUUUGAUUUUUCCAAAGUCUACUGGAACCCUCGCCUCUCCACAGAACACAUGCGCAUCAUCAACCUCCUAAAGCCGGGCGACCUUCUUUUUGACGUCUUUGCCGGGGUGGGGCCUUUUGCAGUUCCUGCAGCAAAGAAGGGCUGUGUUGUGUUUGCAAAUGAUCUCAACCCUGAAUCCUACAAGUGGCUGCAGCGCAACUGUAAGCUAAACAAAGUGGACAAGAAAGUCAAAGUCUUCAACAUGGACGGCAGAGAUUUCCUAGAGGGCCCGGUGAAGGAAGAACUGGAAAAUCAGCUUUCUUUGAAGGAGCGCAAGUGCUCCCUGCAUAUUGUCAUGAACUUGCCAGCCAUGGCAGUUGAAUUCUUGGGUAUCUUCAGGCACCUCUUGGACGGAGAGCCAAGCAGUGCUGACCUUCCCACAGUGCACUGCUACUCCUUUUCCAAGCAUGACAACCCUGUACAAGAUGUUCAGGAUAGAGUCGAAACUUGCUUGGGAACUUCCUUAGAGGGCCUUUGCUCUGUGGAAUUGGUGAGGAAUGUUGCGCCCAAUAAGGAAAUGAUGUGCAUCACCUUCUCUCUCCCAGCCAAGGUGUUGUACAAGCCGCUGUCUUCUCUGGCAGGUGCAGAUAAUCCCCAGGAACCGGUAUCUAAACGCCUACGCUCAAGUGAAGAGUCCCCUGAAGAAAAAAUGAAUCUGAUGGUCUAGGAGGCUUUGUGGGUACUAUUACUGAAAUGAUGAUCAGCUCCCAUUUUUCAAGGUGGGCCAAGCAGAUUGGAUUUGUUAAUCAGAACUUGUAACAGCAGCCUCUGAAAACUGGAAUUAACAGCUGCUGUGCUCAAGUGCCGAUUAUGCACUGAUCUUCAUUUCUUUUUAAUUCCAUUAUAGUUGGGUGGGGGCCAUUUUUUUUAUUUCAAAGAAUAUUAAAUGUUUAUUUUCCCACACCUGGUAGCACCUUCUAUUCCACUUGUGUGCAGUCAUUCACUGGGCAAUGAGAAAUGGUGAGAAGUAAAAGGAACCAGCUAAAACAGUCUGUCUCCUGUAGUCUUGCAACAACAAUACCCCAUUUGUUUAGACUACCAGCCUUCUCUGAGGUUCUCAUGAGGUGGAACCUUGACACGUCAGUGGGGAAGAAGGAGCUUGUGUGGUAGACUGUUGAGCUGAGCUUGAAAAGGAAGUUUGUCUCAUGAUGUCUCCCUUUAAAGAAGAGGGAAGGCUGUUCUUCAAGCUUUUCUCUUCUAACACUGAUGCAGCUACGGAAUCCGUGUAAGGGUUGGGGAAGACUGCUGGGACCAGCUAAGAUUGCAGGCAAGGGCUGUUUACUGCUCACUCCAUGCCUUUUCUCAGUGUCCCCCUCCCCAGAAAAAAGAACAAGGAGAGGCUUACUUUAGAAAGGAAUUAGGGACACCUUCAGGGAAUAGGCAUAGGAAGAGUGGCUUAUAUAGUGAGGGACAAGCGACCCAUAUGUGAUGUCCUCCCAAAGACCCAAAUACUUUUCCUAAAAGGAAAAGAGUAUUUAUUUUGGAGGUAGUAGCCUUGUCCCCUCCUAAAACAUCUGCCAUGACCAGUUUAGCAGAAGUUCUGCUGCCUUUGUAUUCUAGACCACCACCCUGGGCAGCCUCUUUGCCCAGCUCCAUGCAGCUGGGCACAGAAGCUCCAGUAGCAUGAGCCACCAAAAUUAACAUAUUUGUAGAAUUUCACAUUCUCUAAAGCAAUUUUAAAAUGCUGCAUAUUAACAUCUGGCACCUCAGUUUGAUUGGUAGGACAUCAGUUUGAUGGGGGCCAAGUAUAUAUGCAGCUGCCUCUGUCACCUUCACUGGGUUCUGAUCCACUAGGGAUCUUGUUUUUCAACUAUUACGAUUCUUGUCUCUAUUGUAAAAUCCAAUGCUUAUAAAUACCAGCUACUUGGAUUAAUUGUGACAAAAGAGUAGCUUGCCUCUUUCAGGAGCAGAAACUCCUACAGUCAGACCCAACACUUGGUGUGAUCUUUGCAUGCCUGGGUAAGCAGAGCCAAGUCGAGCCUACAAUGUUGUGGGUGCAAUUCAAUGUGCCCAGCCAUUCCCUGCACCCCAGGAGCCCAGAGAAGAGUGAGCUGUUGGCUCCCUUUAUGCAAGGCAUGGUUGUGUUAUGAUAGCCAGAAUGGCCAGGCUUGCUGCAAUGGAGUCAGAACAGCAGCAGAGCCACAAAUGUCUUAAAGAUAAAGGAUUGCAUGCAAAGCUCCAAUUUCUUCUUCGUGUGUGCAUGACAGUUUUGGAUCCUAGCCUAUAACUGCUGACAGAGGAACAGAGCUGGUGCAUGAUCCUCUUUCAUUACUAGGAAUGCGAAGUGGGAUGAAUUAGAAGUCAGUCUCACUUCCAGUUCCUAUCUCAUGCUUCAAGAAAGGAAAACCCAUUUGUCUGCGUACGGAGAAGCUGGUUUUAUGAGAUGAAAGGACUGCAAAGUGACAAUAUAAAAGCUUAAUCAAAAUAGCAUUUUAGUGCUUGUACAUGUCAAACCCUGAAGUGGGGGUAGAAACCACAGAAUUUAAUAAUAAAAAAAAUCUGGCUUUAUUUUAAAAAAAUAUUUUACAAGUCUGUUUCUGAAACCUCCAACAUACAAAGCAAACUGAUUAUUUACCUCUUCCACUAGCCUCUCAGCAAAGUGACUAAAGCAUUUCCCACCCUUGUUCCCACUCCACCAAAAAAGAAAAAAGCACAACCACCAUUUUUAAAAGAAAGUUUCUGUACAUUGUGUUUUUAAUACUUAAGCACAGCUGGCUUCACAUUUAAAAGAAAAGACCGAUGGCGGCAGCCUAGCUGUAGUGGAGACGGGAGCAAUUUUCACCUGAGGUCUUUGCUUGCUCUGCUCCAAUGUGGCUUACUCCCAAGCUAGCCGGGAUGCCAGAACAGCCCGCUGAAGGCAUCUUGAAGGGCUCGAUGACAGGCAAGGGAGGAAGUGUAGCCACCAGCGAGAUCCUGUGGGGAGGCGGCUCGGACAUGGUUUAGAUAUCUAGAACAAAGAGAGGCAUUGUCUCAGCUGAGAAACAAACAUUUCAUGCUGCAGGACGGGAACGGAAAGAAAAGCCAAUUUCUCUGGUUCCCACCGCUGAAUACAUUUCCACAGACACUGAACACUUCUUAAAACCUUGGAAUCGGAAAUGGGAGAGACCAAACCUGAGUUCACUCUCCUUGUUGGAUUAAUCAUUCACAUAAUUACAGAGGCGGAAGGGUUUUGGUGUCUCACCUGGUGCAGCUGCCUCCUGCCUAGAGACAGUACCAAAAACCUCUAUACCAGAUGCUUGUCCAACUUUUUCUUGUACAUCCAAGAAAUGAGAUGAUAAAGUUUAGGCUGUUUCUAAAUCAUUCCUGCCAUUAUGAUUUUCAUAUGAAUGCAACUGAAGUGAGGGAAAAGUCUUGCAUGCUGUUUUGCUAC